GGCCGGCGGGCGCGGCAGUACGCGGGUGUACGCGAGCGCGAGUGGUCGCCGUUUUGCGCUAGGAGCGGCGCGGCCGCGGAGUGUGAUGCGAGCGCGCCGCCCGCCAUGGCCACGCUCGGCCUCUCCAAGGUGUUCAUUCUCGACAAGUACUUCACUGAGCUGCAGCGGUUCUGGGAGACGGAGAAGAAGCUGCAAGACGCGUCGUCGUCCAACGAGGCCGUGCACCUGCAGCGGCGCCUGCUGUGCCUGAGCUCGGACCUGGUGUCCCUGCGCAACCACCUGCUGGUGGGCGCGGGCGGCCGGGGCCCGGCGCGGCCGCGGGCCGGCGGGGCCGGGCGCGGGCCCGGCGCGCAGCCCGCCGUGCCGCGCGCGCCGCACCUGCUGCCGCCGCCCGUGGCGCAGCCGCCCGCGCCGCCGCACCACCCGCUGCCGCCGCCGCCAGAGAGCCGCUGGCCGCAGCCGAAGCCGGCGGGCGGCGCGGGCGCGGCGGGCGCGGACGUGGAGGACCUCAUCCACCUGCGCGGGCCGCUCACCGAGGACGCCGUGGUGCGCGCGCUGCAGGCUCGCUUCUACCACAACAAGUUCUACACGAUGAUCGGGCCGAUCCUGGUGGCAGUGAACCCCUACACGGACGCGUGCAACGCGCUCACGCUGCGGGCGGCGCGGGCGCAGCGCCCCGAGCUGGCGCGGCUCGUGCAGGACGCCGUGCGACACCAAGCCGACACCGGCUACCCACAGGCCAUCAUCCUCUCAGGCGUGUCGGGGUCGGGCAAGACGUACGCGUCCAUGGUGCUGCUGCGGCGGCUGUUCGACGUGGCGGGCGGCGGGCCCGAGACCGACGCCUUCAAGCACCUCGCCGCCGCCUUCACCGUGCUGCGCGCGCUCGGCACCGCCGCCACGCCCGCCAACACGCACUCCAGCCGCAUCGGCCACUUCAUCGAGGUGCAGGUGACGGACGGCGCGCUGUACCGCACCAAGAUCCACUGCUACUUCCUGGACCAGACGCGCGUGGUGCGGCCGCCGCCCGCCGAGCGCAACUACCACAUCUUCUACCAGCUGCUGGCGGGGCUCACGCCCGACGAGCGCGCGCAGCUGCACCUGGAGGGCUACUCGCCGCAGGACCUCAGGUACCUCGCGUCGGCGCAACACCGACGGCCGGAACCGGAGGACGCUGCGCGGUUCCACGCGUGGAAGACAUGUCUCGUCAUCCUCGGCAUUCCGUUCCUGGACGUGGUGCGCGUGCUGGCGGCCGUGCUGCUGCUGGGCAACGUGCAGUUCGCGGAGGGCGGCGACGGCGCGGCCGAGCCCGCCAGCGAGGCGGAGCUGGCGGCGGCCGCGGCGCUGCUGGGCGUGGCGGCGCCGGCGCUGCUGCGCGGGCUGGUGUCGCGCGCGGCCCGCGGGCGGCCGGCGCGGGCGCCCGCCACGGCGCCCGCCGCCGCCGCCGCGCGCGACGCGCUGGCCAAGGCGCUGUACUGCCGCACCGUGGCCACCAUCGUGCGGCGCGCCAACUCGCUCAAGCGGCUGGGCUCGACGCUGGGCACGCUGUCGUCGGACUCCAACGAGUCGGUGCACCAGGACGCGGCGUCGCGGCGCGCGUCGUCGGCGGGCGGCAGCGGCGGCGGCCGCGGCCGGGCCGGCGCCCGCUCCAUGGCGGCGCUCAACGACGCCGUGCGCCACGCCACGGACGGCUUCGUGGGCAUCCUGGACAUGUUCGGGUUCGAGGACGCGGCGCCGAGCCGGCUGGAGCAGCUGUGCGCCAACCUGUGCGCGGAGACGAUGCAGCACUUCUACAACACGCACGUGUUCAAGUCGUCGGCGGAGUCGUGCCGCGAGGAGGGCGUGGCCUGCGCGCUGGAGGUGGACUACGUGGACAACGUGCCGUGCAUCGACCUGGUGUCGUCGCUGCGCGGCGGCCUGCUGGCGGCGCUGGACGCCGAGUGCGCGGCGCGGGGCUCGCCCGACCAGUACGUCGCCAGGAUCAAGGCCGCGCACAGAGGGCACCCUAGACUGGCGGAGGCGCGGCCGCCGCACCCGCGUCGGUUCGCGGUGCGGCACUACGCGGGCGAGGUGUCGUACGACGCCGCAGACUUCCUCGAGGCCAACCGCGACGCCGUGCCCGACGACCUGCUCGCAGCCUUCGACAGCAGAACCUGCGAGUUUGGUUUCGCAACACAUCUAUUUGGUGCCGAACUUAAGGCUCUGGCGGCGCAGGGCGGGCCGACGGGCGGGCAGUUCCGCGCGUCGCCCACGGUGGCGGCGGCGCUGGACGCGGCGGCGGCCAGCACGCUGACGCAGGACUUCCACACGCGCCUCGACAACCUGCUGCGCACGCUGGUGCACGCGCGGCCCCACUUCGUGCGCUGCCUGCGCGCCAACAGCACCGAGACGCCCAUGCUGUUCGAGCGGCCCACCGUCGCCCGCCAGGUGCGCGCGCUGCAGAUCCUCGAGACCGCGCAGCUCAUGGCCAGCGGCUACCCGCACCGCAUGCGCUUCCGCGCCUUCAGCGGCCGCUACCGCGCGCUGUGGCGGCGCGGCGCCGAGCGCGAGUCGGGCGCCGCCUGCGCCGCCGUGCUGCGCGCCGUGCAGGCCGCCGCCGCGCCGCCGCCCGCCUCGCCCGCCGCCGUGCGCUGGGCGCUCGGCAAGCGCCACGUGUUCCUCAGCGAGGGCAUGCGCCAGGUGCUGGAGCGCAUGCGGCGAGCGCGGCGCCAGGCCGCCGAGUGCAUCCAGGCGGCGUGGCGGCGGCACCGCGCGCGGGCCAGCCGCGCCGCGCAGCCCGCGCUGGCGCCCGCGCGGCCGCGGCCCGCGCCCAUCGCCGGCACGCCGCCGCCGGAGCCGGGCGAGGCGGGCGACCCGCUGGUGAAGCGCACGUGCUCGCUGUUCGGGCUGGACCUGGAGCGGCCGCCGCCGCUGCCGCCGUCGCGCGCGUACACCGUGGCGGGCGGCGUGAAGCUGGGCUACCCGCAGCAGCGCGUGGUGGGCGCGGACUGGGGCGCGGGCGCGGCGCGGCUGCGCGCGGGCGAGGCGGUGCUGGUGCUGGGCGCGGCGCGGCGCGGGCACGUGGCGGUGCAGGCGGCGGGCCGCACGCUCAGCGUGCCGCACGCCGUGCUGGCGCCGGCGCGGGCCCGCCCGCCGCCGCCGCCCGCGCCCGCGCCGCCCGACGCGCUCGCCUGACCCCGCACACUGUAUAUACUAGUCUUAAGUAUUUAUGGUCGCCGUUUCGUCUUACGGAGACGUUCGCUUGUAUGAUUAUAGAUGUAGGUAAGGAUGCUAGUGACGGCAAAUUUUCCGACCGAUCCCACAGUAUUAGUACCUA